AUAUCUGCUGCUGUAUUCAAGUGAGAAGAUGAAUACAAGGAUAUUCACUUCUGCUGUAUUCACUGCUAGCCAUGAGUUCAACGCCAAAUCUCUCAAGCAUUUCAUAUUAUAGUCAAAUGUGAAAUGGCCAACACCCUCUUGCUGAAUCUAUCCAAGGCAUGUGAUGAGAACUCAGUUUUUGAUCUUCAACAAGUGUUAGAAAAGUUCACUUUCAGUACCAUAGUCAAAUCUGGUCACUAUCAGAACUUCUGUCACCAGCUUUUGAACCAGCACCUUCUACAACACCAUGCGGUGAGGAAAUGGAGCAAUGACUGAGGUUGGAAAUGAGCUCCUGUCAGUGUCUGUUUCAUGGUCAAGUCCAUUUAGUCAUGGGAUUGAUCCUCGGAGGGUAGUUGCCAGGAUCCCAGGAGUGGCUGUCCUGAGGAUUGUUAGUGACAUGUCAGCUAUGAAGAGGUACUAUGAACAGCAGCAGUCCAUAACUGAGCUUAGAGCCAUAGCAUUUGCGGAGGCUCAGUUGGGGGAGCCACUGAGGGAGGAUGGUCCAAUUCUUGGAAUGGAAUUUGAUCCCCUGCCACUAGAUGCUCUUUGUGCACCUGGGUUACCCAUUCCUUGCUAUUUGGAUUACCAAAUGAAGAGAGCUUGAGCGUAAAGAAUUUUGCUGGAAUAUGGAAUACUGAUGCCAGUGACUCUGAAUUAUGCAGGGAUGUCACUGUUCAAAAAUUAAAAUCCACGGGUGAUGAGUUUCUUUGGGCUACUUAGCAAGCAGUUUUAUAACAAGAUUUUCAAAUUAUUAUGAAAUGAAGUCAACAAAUGCUCUAAAAGGAGUUGCAUUUUCUAUUUUUUAAAAAUGUUUUCGAUGCA